GAUUUAAACUACAAAAUGACGUAUCUUCCCGACUACGGAACUCCUAUUGGUCCAAAAAGGUAAAGGAACCAAACUCACUGACAGCAUUCUGAGUGGGACCGUGAGAAGAGAGCGGGGUAUUUUGCUGCAACGUCCAGUAAUUGAAUUAAAGUUUGGACUUUAACUAAACGACCAUGAGAGUUUUAAUAGGAGGGGGUUCUGGCUUUGUGGGCCGUGAGCUGACUCGCCUGCUCAGAGACAAAGGUCAUGAGGUCACGUUGAUAUCUCGCCAGCCUGGCCCUGGGAAGAUAACGUGGGGUGAGUUGGAGUCUCAUGGCCUUCCACCAUGUGAAGGCGCCGUCAACUUGGCUGGAGAGAAUAUAAUGAACCCACUUCGAUGGUGGAAUGAAAGCUAUAAAAAGGAUUUGUUCUCCAGUCGUGUCGACACCACAAAAACUCUGGCUCAAGCCAUUGCUGCCUCCCCCAGUCCUCCUCACUCCUGGGUCCUAGUAUCCGGUGUAGCUUGUUACAAGCCCAGUAUGACAGCUGAGUACACAGAAGACAGUGAAUGGACACCCUUUGACCUCCUAUCCAAACUUGUGAAAGAGUGGGAGGCCUCUGCACUUCUUCCUGAGAAUGUGACAAAAACCACCAAGCAAGUCCUUGUCAGGCCUGGGGCAGUAUUGGGCCGUGAUGGUGGCGCCAUGAAGCAAAUGCUGUUACCCUUCUGGCUCGGCCUUGGAGGCACCCUGGGGUCAGGAAGACAGCCGUUCCCUUGGAUCCACGUCUCAGACCUGGCAGGAAUCAUCGCCCACGCCCUGGAGCCCGCCGCGGACACUCCCUCACCUUCCCCACUAGUGUUCAACGGGGUGGCGCCGGCACUGAACAACAACCACGAGUUCACCAAAGAACUGGGGCGGCUCAUGAAGAGGCCCACCAUUUUUCCUGUGCCUGGCUUCGUCAUGAACACUCUACUGGGCUCUGAGAGGGCUGUGAUCCUCACACAGGGUCAGAAAGUCAUACCAAAGAGGACUCAAGAGGCUGGAUUUGAAUACAAGUACCCAGACUUGACCUCUGCCCUGAAAGAGAUUGUUGGGGGUUAACAGGUGUUGAAAGAAUAUACGCUGACGUAAGAUUUUCUGUAACUGUGUGUUCGUAUACAAGAUUAUAAACCAAUAUAAACUCAAAUCAGAUCAAGAACCCGGGAUCACAAGUCUAACGAUUGCUUGGAGAGGUUUUUUCAUAUCACAUAAGACCAGUUUAUGAAUCCGGUUUUCUGAGAGUUUGAUCAAUCUAAGGAUUAAAUGCAAAGAAUGGGAUUUUGUGAUUUUUGUCUCUCAAUGAAAAAAAUAUUAAAAGACUGAGAUUGGUGAUAUCAUGAUGUAGCGUUGGAUCAUGGGAGUUGUAAUGGUGCUAUGGACUUCUGGAUUCCUUCAGUAAAGGGAUGAAAUGUAUCCAGAUUGAAACAAUUUCAACUGAAACAUGCAGAAUGAAGUGUCUUAUUCUUCACUUUGGGACUUUUUUAAAUAUCACAUGACUGUUUAAAUUGUAGCAUGUUUGUUACAAGAAAUGGACUAUGACUUAUUGAAGGUGGUGCACAAUAAAGCUGGGUAAACAA